CGAGCAGACAUUCUGCUGUGUUUAUGUUUCUUCAUCAUAUUUUAAGUCAUUAUUUUCUUCAUAAUGCAGUGAUUUAUCGGGGAGAAAUAGUGGUGCUUGCUUGCCAGCCUUUUGAGCAACUAGAGGUGAUAUUUAAGGAUGGUGUUCAGAACAAGUCUGGAUACAGCCAGGAAACUGCCGCGGCAUUUGCGCAAUGAAGAAAUACCAUCCCAUAUUUUCACUCCGAGGACAUAUCAGGUAGAACUGCUGGAUGUAGCCAUCAAGAAGAAUACCAUAGUCUGCUUAGGCUCAGACUUUGGCAAGACUUUUCUGGCUGUAAUGUUGAUGAAGGAGUUAUCUCCCUUAGCCCGACAAUGUCUGAAGAGUGGGGGCAAACGAAGUGUUUACCUUGUCAGUUCAGGGAGUUUGGUCUCACCACAGGCUCAGUGUAUCCGUCAGCACACAGAUCUGAGGUAAUGGAGUAUGUGCAGGUGAGGAGUUAGGAGCCUGGUCAGAAGAUAAAUGGAGGGAUGAACUCAACAACCACCA